UUCAGGGCAGACCUGGUGUGGAAACCUGAGCGGGCGGAGCACUGUGUCAAAUCAACGCCGCACCGGUUCCACUGCUACGGUUCUGGUAAACGGAAUUUAACCUAAAAAACGCGGAGAAGGUUUUAUUUUGCGGGUCGGCUUUAGGAAAGAGCGGAGGAUCCUCUUCUGCGAGAUCAGUCAGCUCUCUGUCCCUUUCCCUCUGGCGUUGAUCCUGUGGACAAUGGGGUGAUUGUGUUCCUCCAACACCCACUUAUCUUCUCUGGUACAAGCCCCCUCUACCGGACAGCACCCUCUUCUCAUGUCGGAGGAUUCAGACUCCAAGACCUAUCACUUUCCAAUGCUGGAAGACCAGGAUGGAGCCUCGGGGUGCAGAGGGUCCUCCUCGUGCAGCUCCAUGCCAAGGGGCACACCGGGCUGCAGCUCCAUGGCACAGCUGCACCGGAUGGGCAGCUACGGCCAAGGUGGGUCCGACUUAGGCCUUGCGUCAGAGGGCAGCGACAGCAGCGGUCAGGACCACCCGGCCUCGCUGCACAACCACCGCAAGAGCGCCCGCUCCCACUCCCUCCCCGAGGAGGAUGUGGAGAUGAAGAGCAGUGGGUCCAGCGGGAGCGGGACCGAAUCGCACGGCAAUGAAAGUCACGGGAACGAGAGUCACGGCAAUGAGAGCAACGGCCAUGAGUCGAUGGGAAGCUCCAAUGGCAACAGCAAAGACUCGGCUCUCCUUGAAUCCUCUGGGAGCAACAAGAGCUCGAACUCCCACAGUCCGUCUCCUCCCAGCAGCUCAAACGCCUUCAGUCUUCUGAGUUCGGAGCAGGACAACCCCUCCACCAGCGGCUGCAGCAGUGAGGAGUCUGCCAAAGCCAAGACACAGAAAGAGCUGAUUAAAACUCUGAAGGAGCUGAAGCUUCACCUACCUGCUGAGAAGAGGAACAAAGGCAACAAGUCCACGACUCUUAACACCCUCAAAUAUGCCCUGCGCUGUGUCAAGCAGGUGGAAGCCAACGAGGAAUACUACCAGCUGCUGAUGAUCAAUGACAGUCAGCCAUCAGGCCUGGAUGUGUCUUCUUAUACCAUAGAGGAGAUAGACAGCAUUACUUCUGAAUACACCCUCAAAAACAACGACAUUUUCGCGGUGGCAGUGUCUCUCAUCACAGGAAGAAUAGUGUACAUCUCUGACCAGGCAGCCUCCAUCCUCAACUGCAAAAGGGAUGUGUUCAAGAACGCCAAGUUUGUGGAGUUCCUGACCCCGCAGGACGUCAGCGUGUUCUACAGCUUCACCACGCCGUACCGCCUGCCUUCCUGGAGCAUGUGCACUGGAGCAGAGUCCUCCCCGCCGGACUGCAUGCAGGAGAAGUCCUUUUUUUGCCGUAUCAGUGGCGGUAAGGAGUGCGAGGGGGACCUGCAGUACUACCCGUUUCGCAUGACACCUUACCUGAUGAAGGUCCAAGACACAGAGCACGCUGAGGAUCAGUUCUGCUGCCUCCUGCUGGCUGAGCGGGUUCACUCCGGUUAUGAUGCACCCAGAAUCCCAACUGACAAGCGCAUCUUCACCACCACACACACUCCGAGCUGUGUGUUCCAGGAUGUGGACGAGAGGGCGGUCCCACUCCUCGGUUACCUCCCCCAGGACUUGAUUGGCACCCCGGUCCUCCUGCACCUGCAUCCCAAUGACCGGCCAAUCAUGUUGGCCAUCCACAGAAAGAUCCUGCAGUACGCGGGGCAGCCGUUCGACCACUCAUCCAUCCGCUUCUGUGCGCGGAACGGAGAAUACAUCAUCCUGGACACCAGCUGGUCCAGUUUUGUCAACCCCUGGAGCCGCAAGGUGUCCUUUGUAAUCGGCAGACACAAAGUCCGCAUGGGCCCGGUGAACGAAGACGUCUUUGUGGCCCCGUCCCCUGUGCCAGGCGAGACCAAGAGCGUGGACUCUGACAUCCAGGAGAUCACGGAGCAGAUCCACAGGCUCUUACUGCAGCCGGUUCAUAACACCGGCUCCAGCGGCUACGGCAGCCUGUGCAGCAAUGACCACGUUAUGGGCUUGACGUCCUCUAGCGAGAGUAUUAACAACGGCAGUGGGAACAAGAUGCGGCUGGAGGAGGAGGAGGAGAGCAACAAAGCCAAGCCUCGAACCUUCCAGGAAAUCUGUAAGGGAAUUCACCUUCAGAAGAGCCAGGAGCAACAGGUCUACCUAGCUUCCUCCACCAAGCCAGACAACAGGAGAAGCAAUGGCAUAGAGCCCCUGCAGAAGAGCCAAGCUGUUGUGAGGCCCAAAGACUCAGCCGCCCCUCUCACCUGGAGGGAGACGGGCGUGGCCAUGGAGGACAGCAGGGCUUCUUUCCAGGAGGAGCUGGCCUUCAACGAUCAGACUGUCUACUCCUACCAGCAGAUCAGCUGUCUGGAUAGCGUUAUCAGGUACUUGGAGAGCUGUAAUGUUCCAAUCACCAUGAAGAGGAAGUGUCAGUCCUCUUCAAACACCGCCUCUUCAAACUCUGAUGAGGACAAGCAGAAAGGAUCCAAUGCCAUGCAGGUGUCUGAGGAUCCCGUCCUGCUGAAGGAGCAGCCUGGUCUCCCUCCUUUAGAUAAUAUUGGCAAAAAGCCCAGCGACACGGCCGCAGCGGUAGUGGGCACUUCCCUCCCUCUGCCUGUACCCAAUAAACCAGAGAGUGUGGUGUCAAUAACCAGCCAGUGUAGCUACAGCAGCACCAUAGUUCAUGUUGGGGACAAGAAACCUCAGCCCGAGUCAGAAAUCAUAGAGGAUGUCUCUGGAGCUGGGGAGACAACAGAGGGCAUCCAGACCCUCGGGCUGCCUCCUUGUGCUGUUUCACCUCCCAGCCAAGAGAGGGAGUCCUACAAGAAAUUAGGGUUGACCAAGCAGGUUUUGGCAGCCCAUACACAGAAGGAAGAGCAGGCCUUUCUGUACCGCUUCAAAGAACUUCGAGGAGUCACCGCCCUCAAAGCCAACUGCUCUCAGUACCUGGAGCGCCAGAGAGAACAGACCACCAGCGAUGUUGUACCUGCUGCUAGGUCGUGCAAGCAUGCUGGACCUGGUACGGAGCCCACCACACGACGGGGCACACGGAACAAGAAGACCAAGUCGAAGCGCGUGAAGCAGAUUGAGUCUUCAGACAGCACGGUGUCCCAUCACAGGCAGCAACAGCUACGGCCUCCUCUUCUCAACCCAACGUCUUGGUCCCCCUCUGACACCUCACAGUCCACUUUCCCCAUGGCCUACCCUGCCGUGAUGCCAGGCUACCCUCUUCAGGUUUACCCCAGAACGAAUUCCCUUGCCCCUCGAACGGACCCCACUCUAACAGGCUAUGGGGAUAGCCAGGGUAAUCAGGCCCCUCACUGCCCCCCAUCAAUCCACCCUCCUCCCUACACCUCUCCCAUGGUCACACCUGUUGUGGCUCUGGUGCUGCCCAACUACAUGUUCCCUCCGAUGGGAAAUGGGCCCCCACCUCCACAGCCCUUCUACCAGGCAGAGACUGGUGGCUUCCCCGCUCAGACACAGCCUUUUGCUCAGACUGCCUUUCCAGGCCAGGGCCCCUUCCCAGGUCAGCCUUCCUUCAACGUUCAGACUCAGUUCAGCCCCCAAAACCCCUUCAUUCCUCAAACAGGCUUCCUGGCCCCGCAGUUCGCUUUCCCCCCAGCCACUGAACCCCCCAAGGCCCCUGAGGGCCAAUCCCGCUCUUCAACCCCACAGUCUGGAGGUGGCAGAGACCAGGCAUCCCCACCCCUGUUCCAGUCUCGCUGCAGCUCGCCCCUGCAGCUCAACCUGCUGCAGCUGGAGCUGUCUGUGGAUCGCCAGGACAGCACCGUGCUCUCUUCUGGAGGACAAGGGAAUAAUGCAUCUGAAAGGGAAAAAGGAGGAAGCAGCAGCCAGGCCAAAGAAAAGGAGCUGCAGCAGCCAUCUCUCAGUCUCCUUGGUCCUCCUGGACCCUCGUUUUCCAAGGACUCGCCCUUUGUGUAUGAGCAUUUGUGUUGGGAUAAUCAAGUGUGGUCUAGGCUGAGGGCUUGCAACCAAGAGGCAAGCUUACCUGGUGAUGGGAACAACAGCGACGCCAACUCCUCAUCCAGUGACAUGUUGGACAUUCUUCUCCACGAGGACUCCCGUUCAGGCACUGGCUCAGCCACCUCGGGCUCCAUGGGCUCCGGGUCCAACGGCUGUGGAACCUCAGCCAGCGGGACGUCCAACAGCGGAACAUCGAAGAGCAGGACAUCGGGCAGCGGAGGCUCCGCUAGUGGAACAUCUGGCAGCGGUACAGGGAGCAACAACAGCAGUAAUUACUUUGGCAGUGUGGACUCCUCCCAGAACAGCCAGAAGGUCAAAGGUCACUUGAGCAGCAGUGAGGGAAGGCCCAUGGAAGUGGAGCAGAACGAGCGCUUCAUCAAGUAUGUACUGCAGGACCCGCUGUGGCUGCUCAUGGCCAACACAGAUGACAAAGUCAUGAUGACCUAUCAGCUGCCUUCGCGUGACAUCGAGAAGGUGCUGAGAGAGGACAGAGAGAAGCUGAGGCAGCUACAGAAGAGUCAGCCUCGCUUCACAGAGGACCAGAAGAAGGAGCUGAUGGAGGUCCACCCUUGGAUAAAGAGGGGAGGCCUGCCCAACUCUCUAGACGUCAAGGUCUGCUCAUGCUGUGUGGAUGCCUCAGAGGCAGCAUUGGCAGAGGAGCAGCCAGAUCUGGACAUUGGUGACACAGAAACGGAGGCGGGGGUGGUCGGCUGCCCCAGGAGACCCAGGGAGGAGCUGUCCAACACCCUCCUCACCUCCUGCCCCUGCCCCUCUCCUGGCGCCGGCUCCUAGCCAGACAUCCCUCUCUGUCAGACAAUGAACUUAUCAGUAUCCUCAGAACUGGUCCCUCACCCGGCAAAGAUCAACCGCUGACUAUCCAAGGAUCGCCAGCCUCUUGUUCUGCGUGACUGUCACAAUCAGCAGCCGCGUCCGGAGAGGAGCCAGUCCAAACGUAGCACAACUAAGUGACCGGCUCCUGGCUCAUAGCACCAGCUAUGACUUACACCCGCCAUCACUUUCUCAGUCUUGCUCUGUUUUAUGAGCUGUCCCUGUGUUGGUGGCAUAAAAUCUUGUGGCUCAUACAGUUGAGACUCGUAGAGCUUGAAUGUAGUUGAAAUCAAAACACAUUCGGGUUUCAACGAAGAAAUAGCGUCAAACUUUACUGGACAAGAUGAUGAGGAGCACAUCCAUAAGAGCCACACUGUUUGUGCAUUCAUUUGUUUGUUUGUUUGUGUAUAUGUACAAGUUUUCGCUUAAGGGAAUGAUCAUUAAUAAUAUUAUUAUUAUUACAAAAUGCACUGUUUAGGCAGUGCAGAGCCCCAUAAGGGAAAUUUGGUGUGUGCGCAUAGAUCAGGCAGUUCAGUAGAAGCCAUGUUAGCAUCAGCUAACUGGCUGAUGUUUGAUGCCCCAGGCAGCUUUAAGUUUUCAUUCUUUUAAGUUUAUCUCUGCAUUUCUUCAUUUCACUACAUAAUGCAGUUUUCUCAUUAUCAGCUGUGAACCUUUUUUUGACUUCGUUUUUCGGCUGCCUUUGAAGUCUGAGAAACAUUCAAUCACUUUAACUCCAACCAUAACUUAUUUCAGUGGUUGUUAAAAUGUUUGUAACAGUCGGUGACUCUAAACAUAUAUUUUUAUACAGGAAAUAAUUGUUGCUCAAAAGCAGACGUAUGUGUUUUUAAGUUAUAACAAAAAAAAACCCUAAUAAAAAGCAAGCGGACCAAUAUGUGAGAUUAUCAUUUACUGUAAAUAUUAUUUAAAAAUGGGACUUGUCUAAUUCUAGUUUUGUUUUGUAAUCAUAGGACAGUCUUUGCCAUAGCCCAGCAGAUAUUCAGAAGCAGUAAGGCGCCAACGGUAGAGCUUACAUGUAAUGAGAGGAAAAUGUUGGUGGUUUCACGCAGUUUAAAGGUGUUUUAAAUUGUUUCUUGCAGCCCCUCGUAUGGAGAAGAGCAUCCUGUGGUAGCAGCUGAAGCUCAUUACCCUUCUGAACAAAUGCGUGGUCACUUUGAAGUUGAAGUGUAGGGUUAUUGCAUGGGCAUAAAGCAUCUUAAACAGAUGUCAGACGAGUUUGUCAAGACUUCUCUAUCCUUUUUAAAUGUUACACUGUAAUUUGAGAUGGGAAACGCGCUGUACACCACAAGGUAAAUGGCAACUUGCACAUUUCCUGAAGUAUGUUUGUAGGGCUUGGCAUUUGUCUUUAUGUACUUCUGUUGUUGGAUAGAUGCUGACAAAAAAAAUGCACCUUUUACUUUAACUUUCUCUCUCUUUUGUUUUCAUUUUUGAAAAAGGAGACUAUUCUGUUGCAUUUGUUCAAAUGUCUGAAGAUAUGUUGUUGGCCUAUUAAAGUAUUACCUUAUUUUA